CCUGGGCCAACAUAGAGAUCUGAACUGUAUAUACUGUAUAUAUAUUUUGGUUCUCUUUUUUCCAUACAGAUUCCAUAAUUUUGAAUAUAUUUCAUGCAACAAAAAAGUAUUAGUUUGGUUCUGGCUUCAAUUAUGACAUAAUGUUGAUGAAUGCCAGGAGUAUUUAUCACAGCUCGGGUCAAAAUAUUAAUACAAUCGUAUGAUAUUUUUGAGUAUUUUCCAUGCCUUUAAGUAUUCAGUAUAUCUACCAUUUGAUAAUUUGUUGUUUACUGUCAGUGACUCCGAGGAUCAGUGUCCUCCGCAGCCCAGUCUGUGACCAGGCCUCCUGGUUGGUGGUGUGAUCAAGCAGGCUGUUUGAUGUGGCUGGUCGCAGCCUGGCAUGAGAGCCACAACCUGGUUCAUCAGGUGUAUGUUGAAGAGAGCCUUGCGUUGGAUACAUACUGCCGUCAUGUCAGACAAAUACAACAUAGUUUUUGUACUUGGUGGCCCUGGAGCGGGAAAGGGAACGCAGUGUGAAAAAAUUGUUAAGGAAUUUGGUUAUGUUCACCUCUCGGCUGGAGAUCUGCUUCGGGAAGAGCGGGCCAAGCCAGGUAGUGAGUUUGGAGAGAUGAUUGCCGGCCAUAUCAAGAAUGGUACCAUUGUUCCUGUUGAAAUUACAUGCUCUCUGCUUGAGCGUGCUAUGAAGAAUUGUGAAAGUAAUGACUUCUUAAUCGACGGUUUUCCACGCAACCACAACAAUCUAGAAGGUUGGAAUAAGCAGAUGGGAGAUAAAGUCAAUCUUAAAUUUGUACUUUUCUUCAAUUGCCCUUUGGAAGUGUGUACCCAGCGUUGUCUUGAUAGGGGAGCAGCUGGUUCAGGGCGUACCGACGACAACAUCGAGUCCUUAAAAAAGCGCUUUGACACCUAUAUGAAUGCCACAAUGCCCAUCAUUAACCACUAUGAGGCAUUGGACCUUGUACGCACAAUUGAUGCUUCGCGAUCUCCUGAAGAAAUUUUUGAAGAUGUGAAGAAACUCUUUAGCUAAAGUAAGUGCAAUAACCAGUGAAGAAUGUAAUCAUAACAGAUUUCAAAUGGGGUUGUAAUGGUUAUUUUAGUUUUCAAAUGAACUGCAUGAUUCCAGUAGUAUCAAGAUGUAAGUAGCUAUGAUGGCAGAAUUCCAGGUAGAUUUGUUGGAACUUUGGAUAUGUGGUACAAUAAUUCAUACUCAGUCCUUCAAUAUAUAUAUAUAUAGUUCAUUUUAUUCGUUAAGAUAAAUCUAGUUGAGAGUAGAUUUUAUUGAAGAUAAUGUUUUUAUCUGUAAGUGCAUCAGCAAAUCUAGAUUUUAUGAGGUCCUUACAAGUUGAGACGUUACCUCCUAUAUAGUCUGCUUGCACACUGUUGUUUGUUUACAUAAUUGUUAAUAUUUGCUCACUUUAACCAGCUGAUGUUUUAAUCUACAAGUAUUUUAUGGAUAUUACUGUACCUGCUUCUUAGUAAUUUUUGUAUUUAUGAUUCUUCCUAUACUGUAUUAAGCAUACAUAAUAAUUUUAUUACUACCUCCACUUAUUUAUUCUUACAAGUGUUUGUCAGAUGCUGUAAUACAGUAAGUCACUUGGCACUUACAUUUUGUUUAAAGGCAUUGCCAGAGCCAGAUAUUCAUACUGUGUUAGAUGUGUAGGUGACGCACUUGACAUGCUCUGCGUGUGAUGAAACAGUGUCCAUGUUGUUGUGUAGUUAGUUAAAUAACUAACUGGCUUUGCUACUUGUCUGUUUCAUGUCUUGUAGCCAAUGCUACCUAUAGUAUUUCCUAGGUUCCUACUAAAUUGCAAAGUUACUUGAAUGUUUUGGCAAGGGUUCUACUGAGUGGCCAGGUUCUUCUGAAUGGCUAGGGUCUACUGACUGGCUAAACCAGUUCGUGUAUUGAAUGAUAUUCAUAUGAUCGCUUAAAUGCUUUUACAAUGAUUAUGUAUUAAAAAAUGUGACUUACAUUUUCAUUAUGCUGUACAGUAUUUAAUUGUUUUAGUAGUUACAUGGAGGAGUCGUAUAGAUUUAAUGUUAAAAAUGUUGAUAUUUAAUGUGCACGUUAUUAUGUGAAGUUAUUGAAUAACACAUCAGUUAUGUGUAUUUCUUGAACAAAGAUAAAAUAAUAAAAUAUAUUACAGAUA